UGCAUGCCCAAAUCUCUCUCUCACAUACACUCGCAGCUUUUCUACUUCUGUAUGAAGUUCUGAAGCUUAAAUUAGGGUUGAUAUCAAAACAAUUUUUUCCCAUCUUUCUGUACAAAGAUCCCAAUCAGAUUUAUUGAUCAUCUUAUGGAUAUCAACCAUCAAAAAUUCACAAAUCCCACUUGGGACCCUAAUAUGGUAAUGGAAGAUCACCAUUUUCGUCACGAUCAUCAACUCCCUUUUGAUCAUACAAUCUGUACAAAUUAUCCUCUCCAAAAUCACUGCACAUCAUCAACUCUAUUACAAGCUCCAAAUAUAUUUAGCAAUCCUAUGAGGAAUCUUGAGAAGCAAGAGGAAGAAAAAGAACCUGAGGAAGAAUUAGGAGCCAUGAAAGAAAUGAUGUUCAAGAUUGCUGCAAUGCAACCAGUAGAGAUUGAUCCGGCCGCUAUUCGGAAGCCUAAAAGGAAAAAUGUCCGUAUAAGCGACGACCCUCAAAGCGUGGCAGCAAGGCACAGACGAGAGAAAAUAAGCGAAAAAAUGCAGAUUCUGCAAAGACUUGUGCCCGGAGGUACAAAGAUGGACACUGCAUCUAUGCUAGAUGAAGCCAUUUGCUAUGUCAAGUUCUUAAAAAGACAAAUUCGACUGCUCCAAACCCCCACUUCAACAGAAGAUUGGCUGGCAGUAACAAUGGGUAAAGCUCCAGGCUCCGCCACCACCUCCAACGCCGCCAUAGCCCGAACCUCAUACACAUUUGGAGGUAAUGGGUUUGAGGGAUCUCAUAAUUUACAUUGAGUUCUAAUGGCUGAAUUAGUUUGAUUGUUAUGCUGUUAUUUAAUGAUUCUAGUAUAAACUAAAAAAAAUGUAUAUA